ACAGGCCGGCUGCACCCGGAAGGAGGAAGUGGGCAGGGUGUCUGUGGCCGGGCCCGGGAUCCCCCACCCGGGACUUCCUCUUCCUCCCGGGCAGGUGUAGCUGCCACAGUGCAACCAGCACCCUGACCCGUCAUGGACGGGGGCACGGGACCCAGACUCAGAGACUUCCUGAGUGGGAGCCUGGCCACCUGGGCCCUGGGGCUGGCUGGGCUGGUGGGAGAGGCAGAAGAGCCGGAGGAGGACGAGGAGGAGGAAGGAGAGGGGCCCCUUUGCUCGGAGAAGAGGUUCCUGCGCCUCAGUGAUGGGGCCCUGCUCCUCCGGGUGCUGGGCAUCAUUGCCCCUGGCUCCCGAGGGGGCCCUGGGGCGAUCAGGGGCCAAGGUGACCCGGCAGCCAGUCGGGUGCGGAACCUGAACCACCUGUGGUGCCGCCUGAGGGACUUCUACCAGGAGGAGCUGCAGCUGCUGGUCCUGUCGGCACCCCCGGACCUUCAAGCCCUGGGGUUUGACCCCUUCUCAGAGGAGGCGGUGGAGGAGCUGGAAGGCGUCCUCCGGCUGCUGCUGGGGGCGGCGGUGCAGUGUGAGCACCGGGAACUCUUCAUCCGGCACAUCCAGGGCCUCAGCCUGGAGGUGCAGAGCGAGCUGGCUGCGGCCAUCCAGCAGGUGACCCAGCCGGGGGCGGGCCUGGUGCUGGCACUGGCUGGGCCCGAGCCUGGGGAGCUGGCACCUGCAGAGCUGGAGAUGCUGACCCGGAGCCUGAUGGGGACCCUCCUGAGACUGGCACGGGAGCGUGAUGUGGGGGCCCAGCGGCUGUCUGAGCUGCUGUUGGAGCGUGCGCCAGCCCCCUUGCUGCCUGAGGCCCCUGCGGGGACCCCCCUGGAGGGCCCCUCCAACCAUCUGGCCCUGCAGCUGGCCAACGCCAAGGCCCAGCUGCGCCGCCUGCGCCAGGAGCUGGAGGAGAAGGCCGAGCUGCUGCUGGACUCCCAGGAGGAGGUGCAGGGCUUAGAGGCCGAAAUCCGCAGGCUCCGCCAGGAGACCCAGGCGCUGGCGGGCCAGGCCAAGCGGGCAGAGCUGUACCGCGAGGAGGCCGAGGCGCUGCGGGAGCGCGCGGGCCGCCUGCCCCGCCUGCAGGAGGAGCUGCGGCGCCACCGGGAGCGGCUGCAGGCGGCCGAGGCCUGCCGGGGCCAGCUGGAGGAGGAGCGGGCGCUGGCGGGGACGCUGGAGGCCGCCCGGGCGCUGCUGGAGGAGCGGCUGGAGGCGGCGCAGGAGCGCUGCGCGCGGCUGCACGAGACGCAGCGCGAGAACCUGCUGCUGCGGACCCGGCUGGGCGAGGCGCACGCGGAGCUGGACUCGCUGCGGCAGCAGGUGGGCCAGCUGGUGGAGGAGAACGUGGAGCUGGAGCUGGAGCUUCAGCGGAGCCUGGAGCCGCCGCCGGGCUCCCCCGGGGCGUCACCCCUGCCGGGAGCGGCCCCCUCCAUCCACGAUGAAGUGAGGGAGGCGGAGGCCGGGCAGCUGCGGACGCUGGAGCGGGAGAACCGGGAGCUCCGCGCCCUGCUGCAGGCCCUACAGGGGCGGCCCGGAGGCCAGCGCCCCCUGCUGGAGGAGCAGGGUGAGGACGCCGUGGUUCCCGCACUGGCUGUGGCUCCGCAGACCCGGCCGGCCUCAGGCGCUGGUCCUCAGGGCGCGGUUGGCCCCGCGGGGGAUGAAGACCCUCCGGCCUUGGACUUGGCUCCCCCAGCAUCAGACUCAGCCCUCCAGGGGGCAGCCGAGUGUCCCCAGACAUCGGAUUCAGACCCUCCAGUGACGCAGAGGCCCCUCCAGAUGGCUGCCAUGGCCCCCCAGAGCUUAGACCCGGCGCCCCAGGAGUCCCCGGGGGAGGCUGGCCACGGAGCCCCUCUCCAGACCCCUGCCCAUGUGCCCCCACCUCAGGGCCCAGAGACCAAAGGUCAGGCCCAGCUGUUGCUGAGAGAAGAGGCUGGGGAGUCAGUGCCCACGGCCCAGGGGCUCAGACACGAGGUCCCUGAGAGCCAGCCGGAACCCCGGGAGCGGCUGGAGAAGCAGCAGCCCCCUGGCCAGAGGCUGCACCUGCCCCGGGAGCACACAGAGGCCCGAGAGCAGGAGCCGCGGCUGGCGGGGAUGACCGGGGACCCAGCUCAGCGGCCGGAAAUGGCUCCCAAGGCCCAGGCCUUGCUGGAGGCGGGACCAGGCCCAGGGGAGAUGGAGGCCCUCAGGGAGGAGGCCCUCCGCGCUGAGCUGGAGGCCCAGGCCCGGAGGCUGGAGGCCCGGGGUGCGGAGGCCGCUCGCCUCGCGGAGGAGCUGGCUGAGGCGCGGAGGGCCGAGGCCGAGGCCCACGGGGAAGCAGAGGCCCAGGCCCGGGAGCAGGCCCGGCUGCGGGAGGCGGUGCAGGCGGCCAGGCGGGAGCUGGAGGCGGCGUCGCGGGAGCGGGAGGCGCUGGCAGAGGCCCUGGCGGCUGCUGGCCGGGAGCGGAGGCAGUGGGAGCGGGAGGGGCCCCGGCUGCGGGCCCGGGCCGAGGCCGCCGAGGAGCGGCUGCAGGUGCUGGAGCAGGAGAGCCAGCAGCGCCGGGAGCAGGCCGAGAGGGAGCGCCGGGAGCAGCAGGCCCUCAAGGAGGAGCUUGAGAAGGCUGUGGUGCGGGGCCAGGAGCUGGGGGCCCGGCUGGAGCGUCUGCAGAAGGAGCUGGAGCAGGCGUCUCAGGAGCGCCAGGAGUUUCUCCGGGAAAAAGAGUUUCAGCAGCAGAGGUACCAGGGCCUGGAGCAGCGGAUGAAAACGGAGCUGCAGGCCGCGGCCACCAGCAAGGAGGAGGCGCUGAGGAAGCUCAAGGCGAGGGCCCAGAAGCUGGAAGAGGAGCUGUCCCAGCUGCGCCAGGGCCCCGUGGGGCUGGAGCCCAAGGAGCAGGCCGAGCCGAGGACCCCGGAGGCCCAGAGCGGGCGGCUCAUCCAGGUGGAGCGCAGUAAUGCAACGCUCGAGGCUGAGAAGACGGCUCUGCAGGGGCAGCUGCAGGUGCUGGAGGGGCAGCUGGGAAGCCUGCAGGGGCGUGCCCAGGAGCUGCUGCAGCAGAGCCAGCAGGCACAGGAGCACAGCAGUCGCCUGCAGGCCGAGAAGUCUGCGCUGGAGCUGCAGGGCCAGGAGCUGCACAGGAAGCUGGAGGUGCUGGAGGCAGAGGUGCAGGCUGCACGGCGGUCCCAGGAGGAGACCCGCGGGCAGCAGCAGGCGCUGCUGCGGGACCACGAGGCACUGGUCGAGCUGCAGCGGCGGCAGGAGGCCGAGCUGGAGGCGCUGCUGGCCCGGCACCGGGACCUCAAGGCCAACAUGCGGGCCCUGGAGCUGGCCCACCGGGAGCUGCAGGGCCGGCACGAGCAGCUGCAGGCCCAGAAGGCCAACGUGGAGGCACAGGAGCAGGCCCUCCUGGCGGAGCGCGAGCGCCUGAUGCAGGACGGCCACCGGCAGCGCGGCCUGGAGGAGGAGCUGCGGAGGCUGCAGAGCGAGCACGACAGGGCGCAGCAGCUGCUGGCAGAGAUGUCCCGGGAGCGAGGGGAGCUGCAGGGCGAGCGCGGGGAGCUGCGGGGCCGGCUGGCGCGGCUGGAGCUGGAGCGGGCACAGCUGGAGCUGCAGAGCCAGCGGCUGCGUGAGAGCAACCAGCAGCUGGACCUGAGCGCCUGCCGGCUGACCACGCAGUGUGAGCUGCUGACAGAGCUGCGGAGCGCCCAGGAGGAGGAGAACCGGCAGCUGCUGGCCGAGGUGCAGGCCCUGAGCCGGGAGAACCGGGAGCUCCUGGAGCGCAGCCUGGAGAGCCGGGACCACCUGCACCGGGAGCAGCGCGAGUACCUGGACCAGCUCAACGCCCUGCGCCGGGAGAAGCAGAAGCUGGUGGAGAAGAUCAUGGACCAGUACCGUGUGCUGGAGCCGGGGCCCCUGCCCCGGACCAAGAAGGGCAGCUGGCUGGCAGACAAGGUGAAGAGGCUGAUGCGGCCCCGGCGGGAGGGGGGCCUCCCCGGGGGGCCGCGCCUGUGGGCCGAUGGUGCCGGCAGCACCGAAAGCCUGGGGGCCCCCGAGGCGGAGCUCUCCGAGGGCAGGGAGGCGGAUGGGCCAGGGUCCCCCGCCCCCGCGCCCAUGCGCCGGGCCCAGAGCUCCCUCUGCCUGCGGGACGAGACCCUGCUGGGUGGGCGGCGGCGGAAGCUCAGCUCCAGGUUCCCCGUGGGGCGCAGCUCCGAGUCCUUCAGCCCCGGGGACACCCCCCGGCAGCGGUUCCGACAGCGCCACCCGGGCUCCCAGGGCAAAGGACCUGGCGCGGGAUGGGACGGCUCCAUUGAGACGCUGGCGGAACAGGAAGCAGGCGCCGGCCGAGAGGGCCUCGAGGUGCAGGACCCGGAGAAGCCCCCUCUCACCCCUUCCCUCAGCCAAUGACACCACGUGGACCGGAAGCUGGGGAACGC